AUGGGGACAACAAAAACCGAAGUAACAUCACCACCACGUUUUGCUGCCAUUGGACCCUUUUUUUUUGAACAACAGCAACAAUCAUCACAUUUUCGCAACAAUCGUCACAUUUUCGGUAAGAUUAUAAUCUUCAUGGAGAAUUUUGUGUUAAUGAUGCUCAACCUUCAACUCUCUCGAAUAUAUUCAAGUCCUAGCAUUCUUCUAUUGAACCCCAAUGGCCUGUCAAAGAGUUUAAAAGGAAAAUCUAUUUUUAUAACCUUGGAUCCUGUAAAUGAAUUUUUCUUUGAAGUAGCAGCAACAAAGUUCAUCAAUAAUGAAGCAAAAGUAAUCACAACUGACAUCGACGAAAAACAUGGCCAAAAGAAUGUGAAAGAACUAGGAUCUAAUGCAACUUUCAUAACUUUCAACGUCAUGGAAGAAUCAGACAUAUCUGAUUUCAUCGAUUUUGCCGUUUCUAAAUACAAACAACUUGAUAUCAUGUACAACAAUGCACCUACCCAGCAAAACUCCAAGCAUAGAAAUUGUUCGUAA